AUUUUUAUCUCCGCGAUGAUAAAGAUAAGAGGAUCCCAACAAGCGAUUUGCGCGCUCAAUCGAUCAGUCGUUUUGUCGAAAGUCUCGGGAUCGGCAAUCAUGUUGAGCGAAUUAGAUAUCAAAAAUUACUUUGAAUACGCCAAAGAACUAACCUUGAAAGCAGGAGAGAUAUUUAAGUAUGGUUUCGAAGGACAAAAAAUUAUAGAAUUUAAGAAUCAUGAAUUGGACUUGGUAACGGAUUAUGAUAAAAAAAUCGAAAAUCUAUUCGUAAAAAAUUUGAAAGAAAAAUUUCCGGAUCACGAAUUCAUGGCGGAAGAAACUGCGAGUAAUUUUAAAGAAAAACCAAUAUUAACGGAUAAACCUACUUGGAUUAUAGAUCCAAUAGAUGGAACGAUCAAUUUUAUAAAUUCGUUUCCAAAUACUUGUAUUUCCAUCGCUUUGGUAAUUGGCAAAGAAAUUGUAAUAGGAAUUAUAUAUAAUCCGAUCAAUUCGGAAUUAUAUACCGCGAUCAAAGGACAAGGAGCUUAUUUGAACGACAAACCUAUUAAGACUUCUAAUGUUACUGAAAUGAAAAAAUCUUUGGUAGAGAUCGAAUUAUACUCGCUUGGCUUUUCUUCGAAAAAUCGAGAUAUCAGAUGGGGAAGGUUUGAAGCUUUCAUUAAUUCUGUACGAGGAAUUAGAAGUAUGGGAUCGGCUGCAUUGGCUCUAGCGUUUGUAGCAAAAGGUGCGUUAGAUUGCGUUCAUAUGGACAGUCUUCAACCUUGGGACGUUGCGGCAGCGAUAUUAAUUAUUCGAGAAGCAGGUGGCACUGUGAUUGAUAUUAAAGAAGACAAAUUUAAUUUCAUGAAUGGAAAAAUAAUUGCGGCAGGAAAUGAUGCAUUAGCGAUGGAAAUAAAAAGAUUGAUUAUUGAUACCGAUUUGAAAACAAUGCGAAAGAGAAUGACUAGGACAUGAUUAAAUUUCAAAUA